AUGCCUUGGAAUAAACGUCCACCCAGUAUCUUUCACGAUGAAUCAUGGUCUACACUAUGGCGUUCAACAGAGUUUCCACCCGAAGAAACACACUCCGAGCGUUAUUACCGACAUCAAGCUGGAGGAUGGCCACGGGGCUGGGCGAUCUAUCGUACCUCCUAUAUAGAAAUAUCCGACGAAGACUGGGCUAGAGCUAUCGAAAAGCUUGACCAGGCCUGUUUGGCUGGCCUUGAGUUUUCUGAGUGCUGGUGGUCUAAAGCUGGAUUCACGCAUAUUGAAAUGAUCCGCGAAGGCUAUCGAAAUAUUAUGUUUGAAGAUCCCACCUUGGAAGGAGCAUCAGAAGCCGUUAUUCAACGUCGGCAUACACAAUGGGUCGAAGACCAUGGCCUUUACGUGUGUAGUGCCGUCCCUCGCCUUAACUACCCUCUUUUGCUGGAUGAACGCUGUGUGCGGUCAAUUCUAGCUAGCGCGGAGCCAAUAAGACCAACUACUCCGCAAUCUGAACCGAGGGGAAUGGUCGGUUAUGUUAACGUCCUCGACGGUGAUUUGGUCUUUGAAGAUCGGCAAGAGGAAGAUGGAGAGUACUACUAUGGAUUGGUACGGGCUCACUUGGAUUGUUUGUUUCGCUUCUGUAUCAAUUGUGAAAACCUGGUGACUGAGCAGGACUGGGGCUCCUGGGGUAUGGACAACCCUAAUGCUAUGCCUUACGUUGAUGGCCGCGACCUCACAUUCGAGAUUAAGGAAAUGUUUCUUUCUACUUCGGAUCGAGACUUCGAGAGGACAGCUAGGAUCACUGAGCUUGAGUUUAAAGGAAACCAGUAA